CAAACCCCAAUGCUAAGCAGAGGUUUGACUCACUAUCCAGUAAAUGAUCAAAUCUUUGGUUUGGAUGAGGAGAAACAAAAGUUGCGUGAGACUGCUUUCAAUUUCUUCCAAAAAGAAUUGGCCCCCUUUGCCAAAGAAAUUGAUAAGAAUGAUGACUUCCCUGAUAUUCGCAAUUUCUGGAAGAAAAUGGGUGAUUUGGGUUUCUUGGGUAUAACUGCCGAGCCUGAAUUCGGUGGUACCGGUGGCAGUUAUUUGGAUCAUUGUAUUAUCAUGGAAGAAAUUUCACGUGCUGCUGGCGGUGUUGCCUUAUCUUAUGGUGCCCAUUCAAAUUUGUGUAUCAAUCAAUUGACCAAAAACGCCACACCUGAACAAAAGGAGAAAUAUCUACCCAAAUUAUGCAGUGGUGAACACAUUGGAGGUUUGGCCAUGUCUGAACCUGGUGCUGGCUCCGAUGUUGUCUCCAUGAAGUUGCGUGCCGAACGCAAGGGUGACUACUAUGUGUUGAAUGGUACCAAAUUCUGGAUUACAAACGGUUCCAUUGCUGAUACCUUGAUUGUUUAUGCCAAAACCGGUACCAGCCCAGCUGAUAAACAUGGCAUUACCGCCUUCAUUAUUGACACUGCCUCGGAAGGUUUCAGUGUUGCCCAAAAACUUGACAAAUUGGGUAUGCGUGGCAGUCCCACCUGUGAAUUGGUCUUCGAUAAUCUCAAAGUUCCUGCCAAGAAUAUUUUGGGUAAGGAAAAUAAGGGUGUGUAUGUUCUGAUGUCUGGUUUGGACUUUGAACGUUUGGUUUUGGCGGCUGGUCCUGUGGGUCUGAUGCAAGCCGCCGUUGAUGUUGCCUUCGAUUAUGCCCAUCAACGUAAACAAAAGGGUCAAUUGAUUGCCGAAUUCCAAUUGAUGCAAGGUAAAAUGGCUGAUAUGUACACCACCUUGAGUGCCUGUCGUUCGUAUUUGUAUAGUGUGGCUCGUGCCUGUGAUGCUGGUCAUAACAGCUCCAAGGAUUGUGCGGGUGUAAUUCUCUACUGUGCCGAAAAAGCUACCCAAGUUGCUUUGGAAGCCAUCCAAACCUUGGGCGGUAAUGGUUAUAUUAAUGAAUAUCCUACCGGCCGCAUUAUGCGUGAUGCUAAGCUAUACGAAAUCGGUGCUGGUACAUCGGAAAUUCGUCGUUGGCUAAUUGGUCGUCAAUUGAAUUUGGAAUAUAAGUAAACAGUUG